UGUGGAAGGUGACGCCCCUGGCAGUGAGGUGGGCGCCUCUGUGGACCCCAGUGGCAGCUAUGGUUGCAAGCCAGUGAGCCACAGCGGCGGCUUUGGCCUGGACCACCUGGACAGCCAGCUCUACGGCCACAUCUUUUUGCCGACCCACCUGCGACCCCGCCGACCCAAGCUCCAGCACUCCCAGUCCAUCCUCCGCAAGCAGGCCGAGGAAGAGGCCAUCAAGCGCUCCCGCUCGCUGUCAGAGAGCUAUGAACUCUCAUCGGACCUCCAGGACAAACAGGUGGAGAUGCUAGAGCGCAAAUAUGGCGGGCGUUUCAUAACCCGGCAUGCUGCACGCACCAUUCAAACAGCCUUCCGCCAGUACCAAAUGAAUAAGAACUUUGAGCGUCUUAGAAGUUCUAUGUCUGAAAACCGUAUGUCCAGACGGAUUGUGCUGUCCAACAUGAGAAUGCAGCUUUCCUUUGAAGGACCUGAAAAAGUCCACAGCUCCUACUUUGAAGGAAAGCAGCUCUCUUUAUCAGAUGAAGGCACCAAAAUAGGCGCGCUGGUUCAGUCAGAACAUGGCACGGAGAGAGGUGUACAACUGAAGACACCGAGUACACAGAGUGACUUCACAGACGCCAUCACAGAACUGGAAGACGCCUUCUCCAGGCAGGUCAAAUCUUUAGCUGAAUCUAUCGAUGAUGCGUUGAACUGUCGCAGUCUACAUGGGGAAGACAGUCCCUUGGAGCAAGGAAGAGGACACCCGGACAUGAACAGAGAGCUCAGCUGCCAAGUGACAUCCUCCCACAGUGCUUCAGAACACCGCAAAUUAGAUGAGAUGACGGCAUCUUAUAGCGAUGUAACCCUUUACAUUGAUGAAGAAGAGCUAUCGCCCCCUCUGCCUAUGUCUCGGUCUGUAGACCGACCCUCCAGCACAGAGUCUGACCUGCGCCAGCGUUCCCUCAACUCUUCCCAGGACUACUGGUCGCUUGCUCAUAAGGAUGAAAAAGGGGAUACAGAUACGAGCUGUCGCAGCACACCUUCCCUAGAGUGCCAAGAACAGCGUCUGCGAGUGGACCACCUACCCUUACUGACUAUAGAGCCUCCCAGCGACAGCUCAGUGGAGCUGAGUGAUCGAUCCGACCGCAGCUCGUUAAAGAGACAGAAUGCUUAUGAAAGGAGCCACGGCAACCAGCAGAGCAGCCCCAAACACAUCCCCCACAGCCUGCCACCGCGGGGACCCUCCAGGGAAGACGACGCCUCCCGUCACCGUCCCCGACAGCUGGAGGCCCAUCUGGCUAUCAACGGUACAGCCAACCGUCAGAGCAAGUCAGAGUCGGAUUUCUCUGACGGCGACAAUGACAGCAUCAACAGCACAUCCAACUCCAACGACACCAUCAACUGCAGCUCCGAGUCCUCAUCCCGAGACAGCCUGAGGGAGCAGACUCUCAGCAAACAGACGUACCACAAGGAAACUCGCAACAGCUGGGACUCACCGGCAUUCAGCAAUGACAUCAUUCGCAAGAGACACUACCGCAUUGGCCUAAAUCUCUUCAACAAGAAACCAGAAAAAGGGAUCCAGUAUCUGAUAGAGCGCAACUUUGUCCCGGACACUCCAGUGGGUGUUGCCCACUUCCUUCUCCAGAGGAAAGGCUUGAGUAGGCAGAUGAUUGGCGAGUUCCUUGGUAACCGACAGAAACAAUUCAACAGAGAUGUUCUUGAUUGUGUGGUGGAUGAAAUGGACUUCUCCGGGAUGGAGCUGGAUGAAGGGCUUCGGAAAUUCCAGGCACAUAUCAGAGUGCAGGGAGAGGCCCAGAAGGUUGAGCGGCUGAUCGAGGCAUACAGCCAGCGCUACUGCAUCUGCAACCCUGGUGUGGUGCGACAAUUUAGAAACCCGGACACCAUCUUCAUCCUCGCGUUCGCCAUCAUCCUCCUCAACACUGACAUGUACAGCCCCAACGUGAAGCCUGAGAGGAAGAUGAAACUAGAAGACUUUGUGAAAAACCUUCGAG